CCUUAUCGCCUUCUACCUAUAUAUUCAGUGCAAAGGGUAAGAAAUGCACAUUCUUGUGAUAAGAUACUGAUCUUCCCAAGAAUGCAAUGCACUUAAGUGCCAAACUCAUAUUACGCCAUGUCUAUGGUAGAGUCAUACACAAGUACCCAAAAGUGGACGUAGUGCUCUGACCUUCAUGGAUAAGGUGAGUGAGUGAUUUGACUAGCAAAGCUGUGAACAUUGGAACUGCAGCAACUGUUGAACUGUUGCAGGGUGAAUAACGUUCACUGGCAGUCUACUCUGAUGUGAUACCCGUCAAUUUGGGACUGGAUUCAUGGGUGGCAGCACAGUAAUGAAUGUACUUGAGUAGGGCAGGUACGGAGCUGCAUGGUGCUAGGUUGUACCUAGAUCCAUAGUAAGGUUUGGAUCCAUAAUGGAAGGAGUGGAGCACCAUUUCUUCUCGAAUCUUGAUGCAAUACAAACCCACCUCAUAUUUGUAUCAGUCAUACAAACCUACCCGAUCUCCCAAAUUUUAUAAAACAGCACUCGCCUCAUAUUGCGACGAGGUCUUCCAGUUGUUUCUAUAACAUACCACUCGUAUCCCCAAACCAGGCAAUCUUCUCAACCAGCAGUCAUUCGCCUUAUCCCCAGAAGUCACGACGCCACUGCCGUCAUGUCAAUGGUCUCGCUCUUUCCUCUCUCAGAGAGAAAACUUCUCGAGAAGAAGUUUGUUGGUCAAAACCUCAAGGAUGUUGCUACUCCUGCGGCGGUACUUGAUUUGAAUAAAAUCAAACGCAAUUGUGCACGUAUGUUGAAAGCCGUAGAUCAACUGCAAUUUGGAUGGAGAGUGCAUAUCAAGACUCACAAGGUAUGAAACAAACCUGCCACAUAUCUUUAAUUCACAUCAACCUCCACGGGAACAGAGAAAUGAGAAGAUGCGGCGCUUGGUUUCCAUCCCAAUGACAUCUUCUGAGAAGACUAACUUCUGACUGGUUCAGACAAAUGAACUCACCGAACUUCAAGUCGGUGAGGUUGGUCCAGUCAACAUCAUCGUUUCUACCGUCCUUGAAGCAGAACAGGUCCUCCCACUCCUUUUGAAAUACAAGAAACUCGGAAGAGAUGUCAAUGUAAGAAAUCCCUGCCCCCACUUUCCACAUAUCUCAACUUUCUCUAAUCAAAAAUGAACGAAGCUUCUCUACAGCUUUCCCUUCACCCCGGCGUCAGUCGAACGUCUGGCCCUUUUCUCCAAGGCUACAGGACCAAAAGGCCUCUCUCUCCUCAUUGAUCAUCCUAGCCAGCUUGAAUCAGUCAGAAAUCUUUAUCAGGCCACGUCUAUCGCUCCAGAAAUAUUCAUCAAGGUUGAUAUGGGAUAUAACCGAGCUGGAGUCAUUCCACAAACCGAAGCUUGCUCUCAACUCAUUACCUCAAUGCUCAAUCUCGAGGCAGAGGGUGUGGCCAAUCUCCUAGGACUCUAUGCUCACGCCGGUCAAUCUUAUAGUGGCAAUGACAGAGCUACCGCACUUGAUUACCUUCGUCAAGAGUUUGAAUCAAUCUUGGUUACCGCUGGAUCAGUACACUCCACCCUACCUUCCAAACCCAUAAUUCUUUCCGUUGGAGCAACCCCAACUUCAACAUCCAUUCGAAAUCUCUUCGCUAACGACGUCGACUCGGAGUCAGAAGAGGGUAUAGCAAUCGCAGCUCUCAAAGCGACAAUCGUAGCGAUCCGAGAGCGAAAUUGCAAAAUUGAAAUCCAUGCUGGUGUUUAUCCUGUUUUGGACCUUCAGCAACUCGCCACUAAUGCUCUUACCACUGAAGGUCCAAAUGCCAUGUUGACAUUUGACGAUCUAGCAUUGACAGUCAUCUCUGAAAUUGCUUCCGUAUACCCAGGCCGUGGAGCAGAUGGUACACCGGAAGCGCUCAUCGGCAGCGGAAGUUUAGCAUUAGGUCGUGAACCAUGUAAAGCAUAUCCCGGUUGGGCGAUCGUGACCCCAUGGAACAGAGCAGGUGUGGAGAUGCCAAAGACAACUUUGGCGAGACACACUGGUUGGACUGUUGGUAGGAUCUCUCAAGAACAUGGUGUUCUUACGUGGAAUGGUGCAGUAGACGAGGCUGAGCCUCUUGAAGUUGGCAUGAAGGUUCGGUUGUGGCCAAAUCAUGCUUGUGUUGCAGGGGCUGGUUUUGGGUGGUACUUGAUUGUUGAUUCGGGUAGAGAGGGCAAAGAGGAUGACAUUAUUGAUGUUUGGCCUAGAUGGCGCGGAUGGUAAUGGCUUGACUUGGUGAAGAUUCACCACCUACAGUACAUAAAUUAUCAUGGUAUUCGACUAGAGGUUUCUCUAGUACAAAACAAAUGUUCGAAUAUCUACAGCUCGUCGCAAAAAGGGAUAUCAAAUAGCUCUCGUCAUGUUUCACUGCUUUAACUAGAUCUGACUACUCUGUCCAGCUCUUUGGACUGAUCACUUUGUGUUUGUUGAAAGGCUCAGUUGAUGGGUCUGGUUAUCUUUAGUCAUAGAAUAGCAACAAAUUAUCCUUGAAG